UCCCUACAGCUUUUCUUCUGUCGCUGCAGCAGAGCAGUUUUUCCCGCAUCCAUUAUCGCUCCUAGAUCUAGCUGCUUUCGUUGGCAUCGUUGUCGUCAGCCGAGCGCCCUCCGCUAGUCUUAGAAGACGCAGCGACAGCAAGAUGGCCUCCGCUGAUGCUGCUGACUCUCAAGCCACGCCGUCGCCCCCUCCGGGCAACUGGUACGUGCACAAGUUCGGCGGCACGUGCAUGGGCACGUGGGAGCGCAUCCGCUCCGUCGCCAACAUCGUCACUUCCGACAAUGGCGGCAAAACCGCCGCCGCAUCGCCCGCGCGGCACCGCUUCGUGGUGGUGUCCGCCAUGGCGAAGGUCACCAACUCGCUGUACGCGUCGGUGGCGGCGGCGGAGGCGGGGACGUGGGAGGAGGUGGAGCAGCAGCUGAGCGCGCUGCGGGAGCGGCACGAGGAGACGGCGGCGCAGCUGCUGGGGCCGGAGGGCGAGGAGCACGAGGCGUUCGUGAAGCUGCUGAGGGACGACAUCGGCAACCUGGCGUCCAUGCUGCGCGCCAUCUCCAUAGUGCGGCACACCACCCACGCAUUCACGGACUUCGUUGUGGGGCACGGCGAGCUGUGGUCCGCGCGCCUGCUCUCCGCCACCAUCCGCAAGCAAUCCGCCGAGCCGUGCGUGUUCCUGGACGCGCGCGACGUGCUGGUGGUGGAGGCGGCGGGGCAGCACGUGAACCCGCUCUACUCCAUCUCCUCCGCCAACCUCGCGCGCUGGUUCGGCGCGGCGGGGCAGCCCGCGCUGGUGGUGGCGACGGGGUUCAUCGCGCGCGACCCCGAGGGCGCGCCCACCACGCUCAAGCGCGACGGCAGUGAUCUCUCCGCCGCUGUGUUCGGCGCGCUGCUCCACGCGAAACGGGUUACCAUCUGGACGGACGUUGAUGGGGUGUUCUCCGCUGACCCGAGGAAAGUGAAGGACACGGUGGUGCUCUCGUCCCUCUCCUACGAGGAAGCGCUCGAGCUGUCGUACUUCGGCGCGAACGUGCUGCAUCCGCGCACAGCCCUCCCCGUGAUGCGCAACAACAUCCCGCUGCUCAUCCGCAAUGCCUUCAACCUCGCCGCGCCCGGCACGCGCAUCGGCCCAUUGUCGUCGCCGCCCUCGUCGCCUGCGCCCGCCAGCGGCGAGCCGGCCAUCGUGAAGGGCUUCGCCACCAUCGAAGACGUCGCGCUCGUCAACGUUGAGGGCACGGGCAUGGCGGGCGUGCCUGGCACAGCGGCGGACAUCUUUGUGUCGGUCAAGAACGUGGGCGCCAACGUCAUCGCCAUCUCGCAGGCCAGCAGCGAGCACAGUGUGUGUCUGGCCGUGCCAUCCCACGAGGCGGCGCACGUGGCAGCAGCGCUGCGCACAACGUUCAAGGAGGCGAUAGCGGAGGGGCACAUAGCGCACGUGGCGGUAAUCGACAACUGCGCCGUGCUGGCCGCCGUGGGCAAGGGCAUGCCCGCCACGCGCGGCGUGUCGGCUGCUCUCUUCGGCGCACUGGCAGAAGCCGGGGUGAACGUGCGGGCGAUAGCGCAGGGCUGCAGCGAGUACAACAUCACGGUGAUCGUCGACCAGAAGGACAUUGCCGCCGCGCUCACUGCCGCCCACAGCAGGUUCUACUACCCCGCCGGCGCCGCGGCUCGUGUUUCAGUUCCUGGGGCGGCGGCGGCUGCCCCUGCUCUCGUGCUGCCGCCUGCUGCUGUGGGUGGUGCUGGCGGGGUGACGACGGUGGCAGUGGCGGUGGUGGGGCCGGGGCUCAUUGGCGGCACGUUCCUGGACCAGCUCAGCGAGCAGGCGGCGUAUCUUCUGUCCAAGUACUCGCUGCGCCUGCACGUGGUCGCCAUUGCUGACAUCAAGGGCUCGCUGCUCGCCACUGGCAGCCACGUGGACCUCCCCAAUUGGCGCGAGCAGCUUCAGAAGGAAGGCACGUCCGUGCCUCUGCCCGCCCUCACAGCCUCGCUGACAGCCCUGGCAGCAGCAGGCAAGGCGCCGGCCACAGCAGAGGGGGGCGAGGAGGCACAGGCGUGGGUGAAGGCGUUAGGGGGAGGGGGCCUGGUGCACGUAGCGCUGGCGGACUGCACUGCGAGCGAGGCGGUGGCGGACUGCUAUGCGGCGUGGAUGCGGGGUGGGGUCACCGUCAUCACGCCCAACAAGAAGGCCAGCUCGGGGCCGCUCACACGGUUGGCGGAGAUGGCGGCAGCACGGCAGCAGGGCGGGUCGCGGUUCUACUACGAGUGCACGGUGGGGGCGGGGCUGCCCGUCAUCUACACGCUGCGGCGCCAGCUGGACACGGGGGAUAAGCUCGUGCGCUGCGAGGGCAUCUUCAGUGGCACGCUGUCGUACAUCUUCAACUCGCUGGACGGCAGCAAGCCGUUCAGCCAGAUAGUGGCGGAGGCGAAGGCGGCUGGGUACACGGAGCCGGACCCGCGGGACGACCUCAAGGGCAUGGACGUGGCGAGGAAGGUGGUCAUCGUGGCGCGUGAGGCGGGGCUGCAGCUGGAGCUCGCUGACGUGCCUGUGCAGUCGCUCGUGCCACAGCCGCUACAGAACGUUGCUUCAGUGGAUGAGUUUCUUUCCCGCCUGCCCGACUUUGACUCGGAGAUCACCAACAAGCUCAAGGAGGCGCAGGCAGCCAAUGAGGUGCUGCGCUUUGUGGGCAUAGUGGACAUGGCAAAGGGUGGAGCAUCGGUGGAGCUGAGGCGCUACCCCAAGACGCACCCAUUUGCAAGCCUCACAGGCAGCGACAACAUGAUCUCCUUCCAGACCGAGCGCUACUUCGACAUGCCCCUUGUCGUCCGUGGCCCUGGUGCCGGUGCUGCUGUCACUGCUGCAGGUGUAUUCACCGAUCUUCUGCGCCUGUGCUCUCAUGUUGGGGCUCCUUGCUAGGAUGCAAGGUACAUGGCUGAGAAGACAAGGGCGGUUGGAACGUUGGAAGCAAGAGAUGCAUAUAGCGUUACAUGAAAUGAGGUAUAUGUAUUGGAGGAAGUGCUUUCCUCUUGGAAAACGAUGGUUAGGAUAUGAUGGUUUGCCUAAGCACUGUAAGGUGGUGUGUGUGAUGUGAAGCCUCCAAUCGAAGGAGAAGUCAGUU